CCUGUGUCGUUACCCGGAGCCAUAAACAAGGUGUGCAAGCAUCUGGAGAGCUGUCGGGAUGCAGCAGAGCGGAGCGGGGGGAGGCCGUGGCUGCGCUCUCUUCCCAUUGCUCGGCGUCCUGUUCUUCCAGGCUGUCGAUUCCAACCAAAUGAAUGCGUUUGAAGUGUUUGGGCUUGCUUCGAUUAGGUGUUCAUCCGGCCCUUUCCUUGGAGAUCACUGCGGAUGCCCAUGUCCGAGGUUAUGUGGGAGAAAAGGUCAAGUUGAAGUGCAGCUUCAAGUCAAGUUCAGCCGUUACUGACAAACUGACCAUCGACUGGACUUACCGCCCUCCCCGCAGUAGUCGCACAGAAUCGAUUUUUCAUUACCAGUCUUUCGAGUACCCGACCACGGCAGGCACAUUUCGGGAUCGGAUUUCCUGGGCUGGAAAUGUGUACAAAGGGGACGCGUCCAUAAGCAUAAACAGCCCUACCAUACAGGACAACGGGACAUUCAGCUGUGCUGUGAAGAACCCCCCGGAUGUGCACCACAAUAUUCCCAUGACAGAGCUGACGGUCACAGAGAGGGGAUUUGGCACCAUGCUCUCCUCUGUGGGCCUCCUGUCUGUUCUUGUCUUCAUCCCCUCAGCAGUGGUGGUGGUCUUGCUGCUGGUGAGAAUGGGGAGGAAGGCUGCAGGGCUGAGGAAGAGGAGCAAGUCUGGCUAUAAGAAGUCGUCCAUCGAGGUUUCAGAUGACACUGACCAGGAGGAGGAGGCGUGCAUGGCGAGGUUUUGUGUCCGCUGUGCCGAGUGCCUGGAUUCAGACUAUGAAGAGACAUAUUGAUGAAAAGAUUGCAUGAUAGAAGAAGAGUCUUCCAGUAACAGAAAGAAUCCAUCUACCAGCAGCUAAAGCCUGUCAGAGGAGCAGAGCUGGCCUGGACAGCAGGGACAGAAGACCUUGGUGGUCAUCAAAAGACUUUAGAACCAUUUAUUUAUUGAAGAAAAGUUGUUUUUGUAUUUAUAAACUGUUCAAGAACUCUCAGAAGAGAUCACGACUUGCUCUUUUAAUAAGUUGUGCUUUCAUUGAAUGAAGAAAUUCUUUUCCUCAGCAAAAAGAUACUUUUGGUUUGCCUUCACUCUUGGGUGUAUCCCAUAUUUUCUUCCAGUUAUUCGAAGGAGAAUUCUAAAUGUUUGCCACACUGUCAGUGCCAAAGUAUUUUUUUUUUUUUAAAUGAAGUGAAGCUUGAAUCUUUUGGAUGUGCCUUCAGACAAAAUGUUUGUUUGGGAUAGGUCUUCUUUGACUUUCACUUCUUGUACAUUUUCAGGUGUGAGCUUGGUAUAAAACAUACACUCACUGGUUUAAUGAUUUCAUCGGUCAUGUUUGGGUGGCUUGAGUGUAUAAUCUUAAUUACUUAAAGUUGGUAGCCUCAAGUGUCCUUGGGUUGCUUUGACUGGGUUUUUGAAGUAGUAAGUAAAGUGUGUCACCAAUUAAAGAAAGAUAGAAGAGAUUAUUAUUAUUAUUAUUUUUUUGUCUUGCUAGUUGCAAUUGGGGCCAAAGAUUCUUUGCUAUUUUACUCUCUUAGAGCUGACUAAUUUGUGGUUUCCUUCUAGACUUUUCAGAUCAGAAGCCAAAAAAAAAAAAAAGUCUUCAAACAGUUUCUAGUGGGGGCUCAUGAAAUAUUUUAGCAGUGUUUUGCAAUUAGGUUAACUUUUUACUUGCAUUGGUCUCCAACAUUUGUCUCUAAAAUGCGCCAUGAUUGAACUGUGGUGGGUAGAACCUAUUUUUGCAUAAUAUUUGCGACGAGGAAGUGAGGUUGUACGGAACCUAUACUUCUCCCUUCCGUGCUCUUAAUAUCUUGUAACAGGUUCCUCCAUUCUGCUCCAAAAGCCAAUUUCAACUUUUAAUUGACAUGGGUUUUUCUAUAAGCCAUUACAGAAUAGGUAUGACAUAGCCGGAAGGAGCGACAGUGUAUAUGUAAGUAGUUCUCUGUAAUAGAGUGGUAGUGUUCACCUCUGUUGAAGUGAGACAAACAUUUCUCCUCCCCAUCUUUGAUUUUUUCAAGAGGAUAAUUCCUUCCCAUGAUUCUUCACUAGGUAGCUCAGGUUGCCAUACUGCAGCAUUAUAUGU